AUGACGCUCGGGGGUUCAGGAGCCGUGUUGUAUGACGGAUCUCACGCGGCUCCGGACAUAUUAUUAUCAUUGGACUCGGUUCCAUCCUCCGACACACACCAGAUCCGGGCCGAUCCAAGAUGGCGGCCAGAGAGGACUCGCUCAGAAUCCCCCAUUCGCAUAAAUGGCGGGAAGAUCCAUAAACUCUGCAGUGGUAGGGGCGGGGUCUCAGCACGAUAUUCCUCUGUCCCCGCCCUUUCAUGGUGUCACACUUCCUCUGGGACACGUGACUUCCUUUGCACCGCCAUCUUGUCUGUGUGUCUGAUGAGCUCCGCCCUCCUCCCCCGCCUAGCCAUGACCGGAGCUACGGACAGUCGGGUUGCAGUGGGUAGUCGCAUUCAGCAGAACUCUUCCCGUGAUGGGGAAGACCUUUCACCAUCACCCGCGUGUCUUCCUCGGCAUGCGCUAACUCGGUCACCUUAUCACCAUGGAAUGAGUCCGGCUAGAUCUUCAUGGCUUGAGGACCUGAUGGGAGGUGUGAUGGUCCGUGCACCCGCCCCGGUCUAUUGCUGUUACCACGGUGACAUGAAGUCUGGAGGAGGUUCUGUGAAUCCUCCGACCAAUCACCUGAAAGGGAAGAGGCCACGAGAAGACCUAACAGACGCAGACAGCCAUCCUAGGAACGGAGCCAUGAAGAGAUCCUCCAAGAGGGUUCGUAAAAACGUAGAUCAGCAGAGCGCCGACUCGGCCGUCCCGGACCAGAUCCAGGACCAGAUCCAGGACAGUCCGGCCGCACACAGCAGAAACCUGCGAGAGCGCAAGGUGUACUAUUGCCAACACUGUGAAAAAACCUUCAACUACACUUCGGCUUUGGAAGCGCACCUCCGCGUGCACAGCGGGGACAAACCGCACAAGUGCAUUGACUGCAACAAGUCUUUCGGUUACAAGUCUGAGCUGAUCGUACAUCGAAGGAAACACUCCAAGUCCUCCAAGAAUGUGCCCAACGGUGUGCAAGAUGAACCUCCCACCAAAGCUGUGCCUCAAGAGUCCAGCAUGAACGGGACGUCGGGGCCCGGCAACACGAGCGCCGAAAAUGCCCCGAGUCCCAUUUCCCAGACUUCACCCGAAACCCCGAAUUCGCAGGCGAGCACGAGCAGCGGCGGCACGCCCUCCAGCUUCAGUGGCAGCCUCCCGCAACAUGAAAGCGAAAAGCCUCUGAAAUGCAAUUUCUGCGAGAAAAGGUUUAACGACAAGUCCAUUCUGGAAGCCCACCACCGGAUCCAUACCGGGAAGCUGGCCUACCCCUGUUCUUUGUGUGACAUGAGCUUCUCCAAACCCUCGCUGCUGGCCGCUCACAACAACACGCACAGGGAAGGCAAGCCCUUCCAAUGCGACCAGUGCGACAAGAACUUCAACGACCAGUCGCUCCUGGUGGCCCACAAGAGGACCCACACCGGGGAAAAGCCUCACAAGUGCAGCCACUGCAACAAGUGGUUCCCCAACCGCAACAGCCUGGUGGAGCACGAGGAGUGCCACCUGAAACCCAAGCCGUUCAAGUGCCGGCACUGCGAGAAGAGCUUCAACGACAAGGCCCUGCUGGUCACCCACGAGGGGGUGCACACGGACACUAAGCCCUUCAAGUGCACCCAGUGCAGCGAGAGCUUCUUCCUGAAGACGCAGCUGAUGGCUCACCAGUCCAACCACGCCCCCGACAAGCCCUUCCCGUGCCACCAGUGCGAGCGCAGCUUCAACAAGAAAGAGACUCUCUUAGCUCAUAUCCGGGUGCACAACAUGCAGUGUGUGCAGGUGCAGAAAAAGAAGAAUCCGUGAGAACGCAUGUGACCGCAGUCACUUCAUAAAUAACACUUUGCUA